UAAAAAGUGAAUGUCACUGUUUUGUUAUUUUUAUAUCUUCUUUCUAUAUCAUCUAGCAACAUUUGUUAAAAAAUAGUUAUAUUUAUGUUUGUUUGUAGCACUUAUUCCAUUCGCCAUUUCAAAAGCAUAUGAACGAAAGAUUAUUAAAAUUUCGAAAUCUAGAAUAGUUGAGAUUUCUUACCUGAAUUUUCAAAAUGGCUACCGCCACAUUUUUGAACUUUCUUAGAUAUCCACAUGGAAGAGCGAUAGAUGGAAUUAAUUAUGAAAUGGUGAAAUGCAUAGUCUGUCCGAAAUGUUGGUUGAAAUACAUUUAUCAAUAUAUUACUCUUCUAUUGAUGGUGAUAGCAGCUUGGUUUGCUAUUGGAACUAAGAACAUUGGAGCCUCUUUAGUUAUCGUUGUAUUCGUCUUUGUUUUUCUCUCCACUUCGGAAAUUCUCGUUCCUCGUCUUUUACCCGGGACAAUAAGGUGUCAAGAUAUACCAUUCCCACCCCAAUCAGGAGAAAUGAUCAAGUUCUUCGAAUUCAUGCGUCUGGUGUUUAGGUAUACUUGUGAAGAAUCCAAAGAGAGAUUUUGGAAAGCAGAAGCUACAGAAGAGGAAACGGAAAAUGAAAUUGAGUCAGAUGACUAUUUGUUCCUUCAAAGAAAUUCUAGAAACAGUCUCCAAUUGGAUGAAUCUAUCGAGAGUGUGUAUUAUUAUAGAAAAGAAUUUGAAGAACGUGAAUAUGAAGAUACUAUGCUCCACCAGAGAGAUUCUAAAAACAACCUGCUCCACCUGGAUGAGUCUGCAGAGAGUGUGUGCCAUCGACAGGAAUUUGAAGAACAUGAAUAUGAAGCCAUCAUGCUCCAUCAAAUAGAUUUUAAAAACAAUUUGCUCCACCCAGAUGAGACAAUAGAGAAAGCGUGUCAUCGACAAGAGUUUGAACGAGACCAUGAACUUGAAGCUACAUUGUUACGUCGGCCAUUGUUUGAAGGAGAACGUGCAGCCGAAGCAAAUCUGCGUCAUCGACCAUUGUUUGAAAAUGGUUUGCUACGCCGUCCGUUGUCUGAAGGAGAAUAUGGAUCAAAUCUGCUUCGCAGACAAAUGAUGAAAAAUUAUCCGUUUCAUCGUUCAGUGUCUGAAGGUGAAUCUGACGGAGGAUUGUUCCGUAGAGCAUUGUUUGAAGGUCGUCUGAUUCGCUUACAAAUACUUGAAGGAGAAUAAAAAUAUUUUUGCAAUGACAAACACUUAAGAGGACAAAAAAUAUAAAAGGGGAGCUUAUUUUAACUGCUUUUAAUUUUUAGCUUAUUCGUUAAGUUUUUUUGCUAUUUAUACCCUUUUUUAUGGCACUGACGAUACAGAAAUUUUCUUAAUUAACCUACCUGAAGAAUUUUUAUAUGAAUCGGAGAUGGAAACUCCAUCAUAUAAGGACUUUUAACUUUUUUUGCUAGCCUCAUCGAUUUGCUCUAAUACGAAUAAAUAUUUGUUAAUAUACUAUUUUAGUUUAAAAUUUUCUACCAAAUAUGUUCUAUCCUUA